AUGCUGGUGAACCUGAUUUUGCCGGACGCGAUGGAUGAGCUACUUCCAAUCGAAGUAGAGGACUCUGUUGACCGAUUAUUGGAGCUCGUGAAGGAAAUGACUUCGACACCGAAUGUGGAGUUGUAUUCUGGACGUGUGCAGCUGCUGCCUGGCAAGACGCUAGCUGAGUGUGGAGUAAACAACAACGAUGUAGUUAAAGUGGCUACACAGGACCGGUUCCAACGACUAGCGGCCGUUAUACGGCAGCACGCAAAUCCUCAAAUGACGGCGACUCCUUCCCCGCUGCCGUUUGACCCUCUGUCGAGUGAAGGACAGGCUCGCAUCCUAGAAGCCAUAAGACAAGAGAACAUACAGCGGAACCUUGCGGAAGCCAGUGUGACCAUUCCUGAAAGCUUCUUCAAAGUAACCAUGCUAUAUGUGCGGAUCCUGGUAAACAAGGUUCCGUUGCACGCCUUUGUGGAUUCCGGAGCACAGGCUUCCAUCAUGUCGAAGCGUGCGGCAGCACGGUGUAACUUAUCGCACCUUAUUGACUGUCGGUAUCAGGGGAUUGCACGGGGGGUGGGCGAGGCCAAGAUCGAGGGCCGCGUCCACAAGGCCGAAAUUGAGGCUGCUGGCGUCCUAGUGGAUGCCGCCUUUACCAUCAUCGACCAUGAUAGCCCUGACCUUCUCUUUGGCCUGGAUCUGCUCCUCCGACACCAGUGCCAAAUUGACUUGAAGAAGCACUGCCUCAGAAUCGCUGACGUUGUCGAACUACCAUUUUUGAGCGAAGGCGAAAUCAUUCGAGGACCCGACGGAACCGGACCGGAUCCCGUCACCCUAAAGGACUAA